AGAAAACGGUCAUCGUCAACUACUGGUAUCCGUGUAUUUGGCUUAUUGGAGAAGAAGGGAUAAGGACCUUCAACAAAGAACUCAGCAGUUUUCCGGCGCCAAUCGAGCUCCUCAAAUGGCCGUUCUUCAAGCUUCCGCUUCUCUCUCUCUCGCCACACGCGAUGCUUCCUUCUCAAGAACAGCACCAAAAGUCUUUCCACGUCAUAGAGGUCCCCUACCGAAUUUAUACCGAAUUGGAACGACGUUCGCUACUGGCUUUCCACUCGUGUUAAGCAAGCCAAAUGGUCAAAAGAAGCAUGCGGUGAAACAAAAUCCUGUUGCUAUAAGAUGUGAGCAAAGUACCCAACAGAGUAAUCUGGAUGUUUGGCUUGGGCGGUCUGCGAUGGUAGGAUUUGCAAUUGCAAUUAGUGUUGAAAUAGCAACAGGAAAAGGACUUUUAGAGAAUCUUGGAGUAACGUCUCCCCUCCCUAGUGUGGCCUUGGCAGUUACCGCAUUGGUUGGCGUACUGACUGCAGUUUUCAUCUUCCAAUCAGCUACCAAAAACUCCUGGACUGAAAUUUUUGCCAUCUUCUUUAUAUUCCUUGCAUAUCGCAGCAUGGGUGCAGUGAUAUCUAGGUUGAGGAAGCGACUCUUCCAGAACCGUGAAGUGAGAAUCCUGAUGGUUGGUCUUGAUGCAUCGGGGAAGACUACCAUUUUAUACAAACUGAAACUUGGUGAAAUUGUUAUGACCGUACCAACUAUUGGGUUCAAUGUGGAAACAGUAGAAUACAAAAAUAUGAGCUGCACUGUCUGGGACGUUGGAGGACAAGAUAAGAUAAGGCCAUUAUGGAGACAUUACUUCCAAAACACACAAGGACUUGUAUUUGUUGUGGAUAGCAGUGACAGAGGGAGAAUCUGUGAAGCCCGUAAUGAGUUGCAUCGUAUUCUUAGUGAGCCAGAGCUAAGGAAUUCAGCUGUGCUUGUAUUUGCCAACAAGCAAGAUCUUCCACAUUCAAUGGCUGUCUCUGAAAUUGCAACUAAACUUGGCCUCCACACACUCUCUCAAAGAAGAUGGUACAUACAAGGUACUUCUGCAACUUCUGGGCAAGGGCUUUACGAGGGUUUUGAUUGGCUAUGCAACAACAUUACCAUCAAAGACACUCCAUGAUGCUUUAUAAUUCAAUAUCUCACCCUAUAUUUAAUCUUUUGAAAUAUUAGGUCCAUGAACAUUUUGAAUUCUCAAAUUUAUUAAGAGGUCGAUGAAUAUAUAUGUUAAAA